UCGCUUUCAGCGAAAUACGUUAUCAGAGAUAUGGAAGGUUGAAGCAAGAAGUAUUGAUUGUAAUGGAGCACGUGGGAUUUGUUUGACCAUCAGAAACCAAUGAUGGAGGAAUUCAGUUCCGAAAUACCUGUCUCUCGUCUGAGUGAAGUGUCAUUCCGGCUUUAUACCAGUGAGGAGAUCAAAGCUCUCAGUGUCAUCGAGGUCACUAACCCUCAAACUUUUGACAUCUUUGCACAUGCUACAUAUGGAGGUCUUCAUGAUCCUUCUUUGGGGCCUAACCACCGUUCUGAAGUGUGCAUGACGUGUGGCCUCAGUCAUGUGUUCUGUCCAGGACACAUGGGGCACAUCCAGCUCCCUCUACCAGUCUUCAACCCCAUCUACUUCAGAACACUGUUUAAGUUUCUGAAAGGAACAUGUUUUGACUGCCACAAGCUCAUGCUGGACAAUGCCUACUGUAAGGUCUUCAUCCUCCAGAUGGCGCUGCUUAAUCGUGGCCAAGUUUCAGGCUGCUUCAAACUUGCAGCGUAUGCAGACCAUCUCGUGAUUGAGAGGGGAAAAAAGUCAUAUGAUCUCAGUGAACGUUUAGAUCAGUUUGUAGCUGACAACUUCCCAGUUUCAGAUGCAGAUGAAAAGGUUGAUCCUCAUCUGAUAAACCACAAGAACAUUCAGGGCGUGCGGAACUCACUGGCCAAGGAGUUCAUGGACAAGCUGACCGCCAGUAAAAGAAGAUGUCCACAGUGUGGUGUGGUGCUGAGGAAACUGCAGCAGAAGUAUAACACUUCGAUUGGGCUGUACGGGAAGGCAAUGAAGAUAAAUAAGCAACAGAAAAACACAGAAAACAAGAAGACCAAGCUGAUUGACCUUGACGAGGACAAAGAGAGAGAAGCAGACGUGGAGGAACUCAAAGAAGGUGAAGGUGAAGGUGAGGACAAGAAGCUGGACAACUCACUGUUUACGGACAACAAGGCCUUCACCAUGCUGACUCCGUCCUUAGUACGUGAACAUGUGCAGGAGGUGUACUCCACCGCUGGACCCCUCCUCCGAAUCCUCUUCGAGUCAUUGGGCAAAGUGACCAAGGCUUCACAUCCAACUGACAUCUUCUUUGUGGACGUGAUUCCUGUUUGUCCAUCACGAUACAGACCUAUAUCCAUGUUGAAGGGUCGCCAGUACGAGAAUCCCCAGACAGCUAACAUGUGUCUGAUCCUCCAGGACAGAGAAGUCAUCACACAGAUCAUCCAGAAGAUGAAGUCUGGCAAAGACAAAACUGAGGUGGAAGAAGAGGACGAGCUGCUGCCGCAGUCUAUCAUCAAUCAACGAGGCGCCACCCUGACACAGAAGCUGAACAAUGUGUGGAUAUCGCUGCAGAAUCACGUCAAUGUCAUGGUGGAUAGCAGCCUGGAUAAAAUGUCUAAAGACCAGAUUGGCAUCAAACAGUUGUUGGAGAAGAAGGCAGGCCUCUUCAGAAAGAACAUGAUGGGUAAACGUGUGAACUAUGCUGCUCGGUCUGUUAUCUCCCCUGAUCCCUGCAUCAAUGUUGGUGAGAUUGGUGUACCUCUAGUGUUUGCCAAGAAACUGACUUACCCCCAACCAGUGACGCCGUGGAACUUCCAGGAACUGAAGGAGAUGGUUAUUAACGGUCCAGAUGUACAUCCAGGGGCCCUGCUUGUUGAGAUGGAGAACGGCUGGAAGGUAAACUUGAACAAGGACAAGACUCACCGUGAGGCUGUCGCUAAGCAACUCCUCACCCCCAGCACCUCCGGUACCAUGAUGAUGAAGCCCAAGAUUGUGUACAGGCAUCUGAAGAAUGGGGACUACAUGUUGCUGAACCGUCAGCCGACACUCCAUCGGCCCAGUAUACAAGCCCACAGGGUGCGAGUUCUUCCUGGCCAGAAAACACUCCGUCUCCACUACGCCAACUGCAAGGCAUACAAUGCUGACUUUGAUGGAGAUGAAAUGAAUGCUCAUUUGCCUCAGAGUGAACUGGCUAGAUCAGAGGCAAUGGCACUGGCUGCAACAGACAAUCAGUAUCUGGUUCCCAAAGACGGCACUCCCCUGGCAGGACUCAUUCAAGAUCACAUGGUGUCAGGAGUGUCUCUCACAGUCAGGGGCAGAUUCUUUGACAAGGCGGACUACUUUCAGCUCCUGUUUUCUUCACUCACAAAUGUUCCUGGGCGCGUAAAAAGCCUUCCUCCAGCCAUUGUAAAACCAUACCCAAUGUGGUCGGGAAAACAGUUGUUAUCAUCUGUCCUCCUGAAUGUCAUCCCACCUCACAGAAAGCCCCUCAACCUGGAGGGCAAGUCGAAAAUACCAGAAAAGAACUGGUCUUCAAGUGGACUGAACAAGCUGGACAACAUGGGGAAGGGGACAGUGGUCUUCCGAGAUGGGGAGCUGUUGCAGGGCGUCCUGGACAAGGCCCACUAUGGCCCUACUAGUUACGGCAUGGUCCACUGCUGCUAUGAGCUGUACGGAGGCCAAGUGGCGGGGAAGCUGCUGAGCUGUCUGGGGAAGCUGUUUCGGGUGUUCCUGCAGCAGCGAGGCUUCACACUGGGAGUGGAGGACAUCCUCGUCAAACCAGAGGCUGAUAAGAGACGAGAGAAGAUAAUCAAGAAGUCUCCAGCAUGUGGCAGGGAGGCUGUCAUCAGGGCCCUCAACCUGGAUGAGGACAUCUCAGACAAGGCCCUGAAUGACAGUAUGAAAGAUGCACAUUUUGAGUUGGAUGAUCGUGGCCUACAGGAGCAGGACUUGGCCACUAAGAUACAGACUGAUCGUGUGCAGAAUGAUAUUGUAAGGGCCUGUAUUCCACAAGGUCUCCACAAGGCGUUCCCGGACAACAACCUGCAGCUGAUGGUGGAGGCUGGAGCCAAGGGAUCCACGGUGAACUGCAUGCAGAUCUCAUGUCUGCUUGGGCAGAUUGAGCUUGAAGGUCGGCGACCCCCUUUGAUGAUCAGUGGGAGGUCAUUGCCAUCCUUCCUGCCGUACGAUACUGCACCUCGGGCAGGGGGUUUCGUGGCUGGGAGGUUCUUGACUGGCAUCAAAGCCCCGGAGUACUUCUUCCAUUGUAUGGCAGGGAGAGAGGGUUUGGUUGACACAGCUGUGAAGACAAGUCGUAGUGGCUACCUGCAGAGGUGCAUCAUCAAACAUCUGGAGGGGGUGCAAGUGGCGUACGACAUGACGGUCAGGGACAGCGAUAACAGUGUUGUACAGUUCUGUUAUGGGGAGGAUGGUUUGGAGGCGACGAAGACGCCAUUUUUGUCUCCAAAGCAGUUUCCUUUCCUUCUCUUGAACAGACACGCACAUGAUGAGAUAGAAGUAGAGGAUAAUAAGAUAAAGAAGAAAAUACGGAAACUUAACAAGAAGAUCAAAUCAUGGAAGCGGGAACAUGGUGGAGAGCAGAAAGGGCGCAGCUCUGGCUUCCUGCACUUCUGCAGCGAGGUGAUGGAAGAUUUGGUGGAACCAUCAGACCUGAAGACAGUCAACAGCUUAGGCCGGACAAUGGCUGCUGUGAAGCUGGAGGCAGCAUGGCGGGAACUGGAUGAGGACACGAGAGACCUGUACGGUCAGCGAAUCAGCAGGUGCCCUUCCCCAGUGAUGUCCAAGUACCAGCCUCUCCUCCACCCCAGUGUCAUGUCGGAGAAACUUCAGGAGGCCGUGAACACCUUCUGUGAUAACCAGCUGGACCAGGUAAAUCAGUCCAUCCCAGGUGCUGGGGAUGUAACUGCCAAGUCUUUCCAGAAGUUAUUCAACCAGAAAGUCCUCCGAGCCUAUGCCCACCCUGGGGAGGCUGUUGGCCUCAUCUGUGCUCAGUCCAUUGGGGAGCCAUCUACUCAGAUGACACUGAACACCUUUCACUUCGCUGGUCGAGGUGAGAUGAACGUGACACUGGGUAUCCCCAGACUGAAGGAGAUCCUGCAGACGGCAUCGGUCAACAUCAAGACCCCGGCCAUGGACAUCCCCGUCAUCAACACACCCGAGGCCUACCGCAAGGCCAAGCAGCUCAAGGUCAAACUGGCCAGGGUCACUCUCUCAGAGGUGAUACAGGAGGUGAAGGUCACAGAGUUCAUAACAGCUCCUAAAGAGAGUCCAAAUUUAAGUAAACGGAACUUCCGAGUGCGCUUCGUGUUCCUGUCGGAGAAGGUUUACAGGGACACCUGCUGUGUGAAGCAUGAGGACAUCUUGUGUUACAUGGAGAAGGAGUACCUCAAGUCACUCCUGUCCGUCCUUGGGGCCAAGUUGAAGCACAUCACAUCCUCAAAAACUAUUGACUCUGGCAAAGACCGGGGAUCAGCCAUGGCAACUGAGGGUGAUGAGGAUGAUGUUGUAAGAAGAGAUGAUGAAGAUGACCUUUCUGACGUUGACCCUAACGAUGGUGAUGCUGCCACAGAGAAGGAACAGUCUCGGCAGACAGACACCCAGGAAUAUGAGGAGGGAGAGGACGAGGUGGAGGAAGACGAGGAAGAAGAUCUGGAUGGGAGUGAAUCAGACAACAGCGAACCUGAAGAUGAGGAAUCUGAUAUCAGUCAAACUCAUGACAGUCAAAACAAGAGCUCUGUUCAGUUUGCCAAUCGAGUUCCUGUGGUGGAUGUCGUGAACCAGUUCAUCACUCAGUACACAUUUGACAAGAAGAAGGGAAAUUGGUGUGAAGUUGUGUACUCAUUUGAUCUGUACAAGAGCAAGAUUGACGUGCUGACAGUGAUCCAGGCCAACUUGAAGAAAUCCGUGGUCCAUCAGGUGAAGGGUAUCCGGCAGACGUUCCUAGUGGAGGAGAAGGGGGAACGCGGAAUGGAGUGGCAUCUCAAGACAGAGGGUGUCAACAUCGAGGAGAUGUACAACUACUCUCACAUCCUCGACAUCAACAGACUCUACACCAACAGCGUCUUCGCCUUCGCUGCUGUGUAUGGAGUGGAGGCCGCUUCUAGAGUGCUGCUUAAGGAAAUAUCUUCUGUGUUUGGUGGCUACGGCAUCAACGUUGACUACCACCACCUCUCCCUCCUCACCGACUACAUGACUUUCGAGGGUGUCUACAAAGGCAUGAACAGGGGUGCCAUCAACAACAACAUAGCUCCCUUCCAGAAGAUGACGUUUGAGACGUGCAUGAAGUUCCUAGUGGAUGCCAGCAUCAACGGCAAUCUCGACAAUCUGCGGUCCCCAUCGUCACGCAUCGUGGCUGGACAGGUUGUGCAGUGUGGGACAGGAUCCUUUGAUAUACUACAGUCUUUGGUGUAGAUCCAUCAGACAUUCUUGGUUAGAAUUGGAUUCUUGCAACAACUUCUUGUCAUAGGAGACAACUAAUGGAUGGUGGGCAGACUCAGUGAUUUGGUUUUGCAGCAUUGCAGCAUUUAUAGUCCUCUGUGAUAGAGCUGGAAUAUGGCUGACUUCAUUCUCUUCCCACAGAGGUUACUUGUCAUAUGUUCCUGCGAACCUCUGUUCUGAUACGACCCUUUCAUGGUGCUCGUGUUCAGGAUUGGUUGCAAUCACAUUUAGUUAAGCAAUCAGUGACCUUGUUUACAAAAGUGAUCAUUCGCAAGGCCUCGGUAAUUUCCUUAUGCUUUGGGAAAACUAGAACCUCUUCCCAUGUGCGAUGCGCAAACGUUUCUUCUAGACAGAACUCAGUCAUGUAAUGGCGGGUCAAUGGCGUCUCAAUGGACAAUGGACAUGCUAGCCAUUAAAUGUCUUGUGUGUCACAUCAACACAAGUCCCCAGCAGAGGAGGGAUAUUUGUGGCCCCAUAUUUGUUUGCAUUAGUCAAGUUGGAUCUAAGUCGAUGUUCUGAUUGGAUAGAAAGAAGGGAGAUUAUUCGUGUUGUGAUUUUUGCUGCUAGGGUAUUUUAAGAGAACCGGGAAAUAUGGCCGUAUUAGAACAGAGGUUCGUAGGAAGAUAUGACAAGUAACCCCUGUGGGAAGAGAAUGUGCUGACUUCAGUGUUCAGCAAUAUUUGGUGGCUAUCUCAAUUUGCCAUGGGGAGGUGGAGAGAUUGAGUCGACAUAAAGGCAUAUUCAUACAGAUGCUGGUACUUUAUGAACUUUAUGGACUUGCAACAAAGUUUGUACAUUCUUGUGUGUACAGUUGAUGGUAAAAAGGGAACAUGUUUUGUUCUUUAUGUAAUGUACAGUGCUAUGAAGAAAAUAUAUAAAGAGAAACGUGAUGCUAAAAUGUCACAUAUUAAUAUUGA